AUGCCAUCACAACAAGAAUCCGACCAUGCUUUGGCGCUUGCCAAUAUAUCGUCCGUUGAUCAGGCUCAUGAGAUUGCAAGGCAGGUGUCUCAAGCCCUCCAACAGCACGGCAGGUUGUCCUCGGUCAUCUCACCAUUUCUUCUUUCUGCAGCCGCCAAGGUCCGUGUGACCAUCAAUCAAGGUCUUGUUCCUCAAUGGAAUUGUGUUCGGGUUGAUGAUCCGCGUAUGGAGUCCCAUCCCUUCUUCCCAAAGACUGUUGGAUAUGUACAACCAGCACCAGAACCAGCACCGGCACCAGCACUCUCCCCAGUCCUACCCCCAGCUCCCAAACGGAUGUCAGUUCCACCGAUCGAUGCACUCCCUCGUGCCAGUUGUGCUCACAAUCUGACCGUGACUGGCACCAUGACCGACAAGGGCAAACAGUCUGACCGCGGCACUCGUAGAUCCCGUGACAACAGCCCAAAUGCCAAGCCAGGCAGAAAGAAACAAAAGGUGUUGAAGCGUUUGUCGAAGGCCAUCAUCUCUGACACCGAGGACAAGGACAGGCAGCCAACAGGGACCAUUGUAGUGAAACAGCGGCCCAAGAUCAUCAAAUCUUCAGGUGCAGCGGCGCCAAAAUCAAAGGGAAUGACUAAAAAUGUCAAGCAGCCGGAAGCUGAAGCCAACAUCGGCCGAGUCCAGCCAAAGGGCAAAGGCAAGGAGAAGGCUGUGAAUAUCGCCGAGCCUGUGAGAGGUCGUGGGCUACUGAAGGCCGAUGCUGAGGAGUAUGCUCCACCUUGCAAGAGAUGUAUAGGGGAGCCUUGUUUUGUUGUGGUUGGCAGGAAGGGCCAAGCCAUCAAGUCCUGCACCAAGUGCCACUUCAUGAAGGUGCGGUGCAACCGACCGGUGUCGGUCGAUACCCAGCAUCCCUCAACAAUGCAGGCACCAAAGUCACACCCUUGGUCAAAGGCCGCACUGGCGUCCAAGUUGAAGGCUAAAUCCCGGACCACUAGAGCGACCUCUCGUGCAUGUCCACCAACUCCUAUCGUGGAAUCUGAGGAUACUGCGGAUACUGAAGUGUCUGCUACCAGUCAAGAUGAUGUCGAGAUGGACCAUGAUACUGACGCUGAGCGGGACACUGACAUCGCCGCCAAUAUGUCGGAUGAGCCCGCUGAUCAAAUCAUGGUUGACCAGCCCGGAGCCAUAGCUUCUGCAGCCGACUUCCCUGCUGACCAUUGGCUGGAGGCCACUGACGACGCGCCCAUUCCAAUUCCCCCACCAACUCCUCCGGCCAAUCCCCUUUCCCUUCCUUCAACACCCACCAUCCUCGAACGCGUGCUCGCCUUGACCACUCAGGUGACUGACAUGCAAAUGGCCAACAAUAAUGUCCUCGCCAGGGUAAAUGCAAUGGAACAGGAGUUCGACACCCGCAUUUCCUCGAUGCGUGCCGAGCUGUCCUCCAUGCAGCUUGAUGUUGGUGCCACUGUGACAUUGGUGAACGGACUUGUCUGCCUGGUUGAGAAACUUCGGCAGGAGCGGGUCAUUGCCAAUCCAUCAUUCCCACUGCCAAUGCUCAGCCAUGGCAACGAGUCCUCCGCCACCGCAUUUGGUAUGAGGUACAUGAACAGCGUGUUCAGCCCUUCAGCUGCUCCCACCUCUCUUUCUGCUGGAGUCGGUCAAACCUCAGCCUCCCGCCCUCCUGGUCGUCCCGACAUGCAGGGUGACACUUUCACAUCCGAAUAA